AUGCGAGUUAGCACCACUUUGUUGGUAGUAUUCGUUGUUAUUUUGGUUAUCGGAGUCGAAUCGGCUCGUGAUAGAAAACGAAAUAGAAACCGUCAUCGUGAUAACGAAAGCGCUGCCGACACAGGAGCUGAUGAAGGCUCGAGAACAAGCGGAUUUAGUGAUGCUGAAGAGCGGCACAAGGAAACCAGACAAAGAGAGCGUGGAAUGGAGAAGAAAGAACGAGAAAAAGAGGAGAGCAGCGAAGAAAAAGACGACAGUAAAGAAAAGAAGAAGAACGAAACAUCACUGGAAAUCAAAAUCCUAAGAAAAAGAUCGCGCAGAACUUUGGAACUUACUAAAGCGAAAGAACUUAAUGAAGGGCAAUACCAACCCAUUGAAGUCAAACCAGCUCACAAGAAUCAAGUGGAAAUGUUACAGAGGCCUCGUAGAGAGAAUAAUCUCAACAAGGAUAAAGAAAUUAACGAUGGUGAACGUACGCCUUUAGAGACAAAGCCAUCGCAGACUCAUCAAGUUGGUUAA